AUGGCGACUACCUUCAAGAACAUGCUGCACCCCGUGCAGCACCACCGCGACAAGAAGGACGCCUCUUCGCCCUCGCAUGCCGGCCCGCUCCACGACCGCACCGACUCGGCCAUGGACAAGCCGCGCGAGGAAGAGAAGCAGCACUUGGCGCAGUGGGAGGCGCAAAAGCACACGCUGAGUCCCGACCAAAUCGACAUCGACCCGGAGAAGAAGCCCGUGGGCCAUUCAUCCAAGGUGUUGCGACAGGAAGACUUUGAGUUGAUCAAAACACUGGGCACGGGUACUUUUGCGCGCGUGUGGCUGGUGCGAUUAAAGGACGCAAAGGCCGGCGACGAGAACAAAGUUUUCGCCCUAAAGAUCCUGCGCAAGGUAGACGUCAUUCGUCUCAAGCAGGUCGAGCAUGUUCGCAACGAGCGCAAUGUCCUUGCCAAAGUCGCAGGACACCCCUUCAUAACCACCAUGGUCGCCAGCUUCCAGUCGCUCGACUCGCUGUACAUGGUACUUGACUACUGCCCCGGUGGUGAGGUCUUUAGCUACCUGCGCCGAGCGCGACGCUUCAACGAACCCACUUCCCAAUUCUAUGCCGCCGAAAUAGUUCUCAUACUCGAAUUCCUCCACGAAAGAGAAGGUGUCGCAUACAGAGACCUCAAGCCCGAGAACAUCCUCAUAGACGCCGAAGGUCACCUUAAGCUGGUAGACUUUGGGUUUGCUAAGAAAGUAGAUAAUAGAGAAACCUACACACUCUGCGGCACUCCCGAGUAUCUGGCUCCCGAGGUCAUUCGCAACACAGGCCACGGUACUGCCGUCGAUUGGUGGGCUUUUGGCAUUCUAGUAUACGAAUUCCUCGUUGGCCAACCACCCUUCUGGGAUCAGAACCCCAUGAAGAUCUACGAACAAAUCGUAGAGGGUCGUGUUCGCUUCCCUAGUGCCAUGUCUCCUACAGCCCGCGACCUUAUUUCUGGUCUCUGCACAGUCGACACGUCGAAACGUCUCGGCAACGUCGCCGGCGGCGCCCAGCGUGUCAAGCAACAUGAAUGGUUCAAGAACAUUGACUGGGAGAAACUAUACAACCGCGAAGUACAAGGCCCCAUAGUACCACACCUAAGAGGUCCUGCGGAUACACGAAAUUUUGACGAGUAUGAACCCGAGUCGGACAAGAGAGAUCCGUAUACCAAAGAACUGAGCGAUAGAUGGGAGGAGAGUUUCAGGGACUUUUAG